AUGAAAUUGAGCUAAUUUCCUGUGUGACUAUAUAAAUUGGGAUGAAUUUUUGAUGGGCAUCAUUUUUGAGUUCGAUUCUAAAGAAGAUCAACGGACUUUAAUAAUUAUUAAAAAAAGAUGAAAACUGAAAUUUUUUUUGUAGUUUUUUGUGCUGGAUUCUUUUUCUUGGACGUUAAUGGUCAGCAAUGUGUAAACGAAAAUGGACAGUGUCGUAACGAUACUCAAUGCUGUCAGAAUUUAAGAUGCAAUCGGGAGAGAUGUGAAAGAAGAGAAGCUGAAUGUGUACGAGAGGGUCAAACAUGUCGCAAUGAUAGAGAAUGCUGUCAAAAUCUUCAAUGCAAUAGGGAUAGAUGUGAAAGAAGAGACGGUGAAGAUUGUCGCCAAGUGGGGCAAAGAUGUCAAGAGAGUCGCGAUUGCUGUACAGGUCUUCAAUGCAACGAAAGAGACAGAGUUUGCGAAAGACGCAGAGAAGAUUGUGGAAGAGAAGGUCAACAAUGUCGAGGAGACGGAGAAUGUUGUGAAAAUCUUCGAUGUAAUAGAGAAAGAUGUACAGAUUGUCAAGGAGAAGGAGACAGUUGCAGAAAUAGAAAUUGUUGCAAUGGCUUAAGAUGCCAAAAUGAUCGUUGCUCUCGUGAAAGAUGCCGCGGAGUAGGUCAAAGGUGCGAAGAGAACAGACAGUGUUGUGUUUUCUUAAGAUGCGAUCGUCGCCAAGGAACAUGUAAUUUUAGUCUUUUUGGAACAAAUAACUAAUUAAUAUUCCUUACUUAAUUGAAUUAUUUGAAAAUUUUUUGAAUAAAA